CCCGACUCUGACAGUGGCUCGGCCGACCGAUGACAGCCGAGGAGGCGUCAGUCCUCAGUGCGCCAGCGUGCGGUGUGGAGCGGUCGCACGCGCGCUAACCGGAGCACCCAUAGCACGCGUGGAUGGCCCAGCUGUCAAACUCUCUGCGUGUCGCUCGCGACAUUCCGGUGAAUCCCGCUGCCUGGGUGAAUCAUUACCGUUCCCGGGGUCAAGUGGCUCGGUGUCGCGCAACCCCGCGUAAUUCCCGUGCACGUAGCCUCUGAAAGAUGUGCGUCGUCUUUGACAUCGCGAAACCGGCAUCGAGCGGUUUUUAUCGAGAGUACGUCCGAGUACGCGCGUACGCGAAUUACUCGUAGAAGAGACCCGUCGCGAAGGGGGGAGGGGGAGGGGGGGAACACUCCCGUUUUCCUUUCCCGAAGAGUGACGCACGAGGAACAGCGCGAUGACGGAGCUCGCCAAGGAGGCGUUCACCUCUCACAACUACCACCUGGCGGUCGAGCUGUACGAACGAUGCCUGAAGCAGCAAGGAUCGAGCUACGAGGUGCUGCUCGGCUACGGUGACUCCUUGGUCAAGUGCGGUCGUAUCAGGGAGUCCAUUGAGAUCUACUCCAGGUGCUCAACCGCGAUGCCUGUGCCGGCCGAGAGACUGAAACACCUGGCGAGCGCGCUCCUAGAGGACAUGGUCGGCGUCGGGACGAACUUUAGACGGCGGAUCGAGACAUCCUUUGCGUGUCCUCUGUGCGAGGGCACCCUCUGCCAACCGGUGACCACCGGUUGUGGUCAUACGUACUGUAGGAACUGCGUGGACCCGUCGAAGAACUGUCGCGUGUGCGGGGUGAAAAUUACUAUUGUGAGUGAAACGAAUGUGCUAGUGCAAAGACUCGUGGAGAGAUGGUGGCCACGAGAAGUGGAGGCCAGUCGAGCAAGACACGAGGGUGAUAUCCUCGUGAGGAAGGGUCACCUAGGUCAAGCGCUCGACAGAUACAAUCUCGCGGUUCAUCUCGCACCGAAUAGCCCGCUCCACCUUAGCAACAGGGCUCACGUCUUGCUCCUGUUGAAUAGGCCUUUAGCCGCUCUCACGGACGCUGAUCAUGCAGUUAGAUUGCGACCUGACUGGGGCAAGGGGCAUUAUAGAAGAGGGAUCGCUUUGUCGGCGCUUGGAAGACACGAAGAAGCGCUCUAUGCUCUCUGCAUUAGUGUGGCCAUUGACAAAAACCCUCAAACUGUACGCCAUGAAUUGACUAAAAUUUUGUACAAAGUGGUGUCGCCUAAAAUACAUCGGCAGAGUGUUCUGUCGUCACGCAUGCCGUACAGUUUAACAAAGAGCGCGUCACGCACAAGGAAUCGUCAUCAGCUAAUGAACCCCAAGCGUAGCCGACACGGUGCCCUGAACAGGUCCGAUUGCGAAGACAAUAGCAGCGGCGAAGAAGAAUUUGCACAGACAAUAAACAGAAGAAUUCGGUCCCCUAUCAUGCCACAAAUCAACACAAAGCUACAAGCUAGUUUGGAUCGUAUAUAUCAGAAUAUAGAAAAAUUAAAAAGAAUCGAACCGAGACCCGCCGAAAUCUUCUUGCCAACUCUUUCCGGUACUGCUGGAGAAUUGGAUUGCAUCUUAUGUUGCCGUCUGCUUUGGAAACCUGUCACGACACCCUGUGGUCAUACUUAUUGCUGGAUGUGCCUGGAUCGCUGCCUGGAUUAUUCCUCGGCUUGUCCCUUGUGUGUUACAUCCUUAGCUGAUUAUCUAGCUAGUAACCAAAAAGCUGUGACGGAUUUCGUAGAGAGAGCGCUUAAGACAGUAGCACCCGCGGAAUAUACCUCCAGAGCUAUGAGCCAUCAGCUCGAACUGGUUCAAGGACUAGGUCUUUUGGGUAACGAACAGAUCGCCGUCUUCAUCUGCACGACAGCUUUUCCUUGCGUAGCCUGUCCCCUGUUUGUCUACGAACCUAGAUACAGGCUGAUGGUUAGAAGAUGCGUGGAUAGUGGAGUGCGUCAAUUCGGAAUCGCUGCGUGUCUUAACAAGGAAGCAACAGGCACAAAAAGAUAUGCGGAAUUUGGAACUAUCCUAGACAUUCGAGAUCGAGUAUUGCUCAAAGAUGGUUGCAGUAUUCUCAGCACGAUCGGUGGUAGAAGAUUUAGAGUUCUUUCUGGUGGAGAAAAAGAUGGUUACGAUACAGCACAGGUAGAAUUUCUCAGGGACACCAUCGUACAAAAAGAUCAAUUAUUGAAUCUUCUGGAACUUCAUGAUAAGGUACGAGCAAAAGGUCGAAGAUGGUGGGACACAGUGCCGAUUUCUCAAAAGACCGAAAUCCAACGGGUGUUUGGUCGUAUGCCAGAUACAGAGGAAGACUGGUCACGUCUACCAGAUGGUCCAUCGUGGGCAUGGUGGUUGCUUGCGAUUUUGCCGCUAGGACCGCAGUUGCAGGUCGGUAUCUUGGGUACUACUAGUUUGGAAAAACGACUACGAGCCAUAGAGAAAACUCUCGAUCACAUGGAACAAAGACAAUUGACAAUCGCGGCUGCUCCUUCUGAGGAAACAACAACAUCAUCGAGCAUCUGCAGAGAUGGAAGAGCAAUUACGGAGACAACUAUGUCAGUCAUUGAACAAUCAUAGAAAGCAGCAAAGCGUUGCGAUACCUUAGAUACAACUUACGUCAUUCUGUGGCCUGGAAUUAGAAUCGCGCACCUCUAUCUUGCAUUCUGCAAAAAAUUUCAAAUAACAAGAGACAGCGCGCGCAUACACACACACACACACACACACACACACACACUUUUAAGUAGUAAAAAUUAUUUUAAAAAUCUGUAAAAUUUUCUGAAUAAUUCCCCAAUUUCCCGGAUAAAGUUUGAUAUAUUAUUCGGUAGAGUCGAUUAGGACAUAAUAUUUAAUUUUUCCACAGACUGCAAAAGUCUUGAAUACAUGCAUUUAUUAAGCCAUAUUUAUGAUCUUAUCUUAUUCUGAUGGACGACACAAUGUUUCUCUACAGCCAUGUCACAGGAGGGCAUUUUUGUCAUUUACCUUCUAAUUGUAAGUUAAUUACUAAUUUAGUCGGUUGAUCUUUUAUCCGUUGCUCCCGCUGCGCGGUUCUUUGAUUGACCCUUCGGCUCUACUUGACGUACAAAACAUCUAUAGAACACUUAGAAUCUGUAAAAUUCUUAAAACGCCUUUGUAAGAAAAUUGGGUCAAUCGAUCAGUAAACGCACUUAUUCUUCUAUUUCAUCUGAUGGAAAGUUUCAAACGACUUCUUCUGUCUUUUCUUAGAUCUAACAAGGAAAUUUUGGAAGUGUCUUUUACCGAUUUUGAUAAUCUUUGGAUAUUUCUUUUAUUUUUGAGCUGUUUUAUAACAUAUCCAAAAUUUAUUAAAAAUCGACGAGGCACAUUUCCAUACGUUUCCAAAUAAGUUAAGUUUCAAUUCGAGCACCUUGCACUUCGUGCUCGUUAAAUCUUCUGCUGGGCGCCUUAUCGAUGAGACGAAUAAAAAAUAAAUCUACCUAAAUCGUGAAGUGAUAAUGAUUAUUAUUAAUUUAACUUAUUGUUAGAGUUAAGAUAUAUACAAUAUUUAUUUUUACGCAAUAUGUCAUUUUUUAAUAAUAUAUAAUGAAUUAUGUUAUUACAAAAUUAUCAUUAUUACUUGAUAAUUCUUGAUAAACGUAACAAAAUUAAUUGUGACACAAGAAAACAACGUUAAUAAUAUGCGAAGAUUUUGUGAUCAUGUUGGUGAUUAAUGACAUAUCUGAAACACUGCAUUUUCUCGGUAAGGCGUACCAAUCUUCUUCGCGCUAUCGCAAUAUGCAAAUCUGUUCUUCCAAAACGUUAUAUGGAUAUUUAUUAUGUAUAUCUAUAUAUACAUAUAUAUAUAUAUGUAUACACACAUAUUUAUGUAUACACAUUUAAACGCGUAAACGUGACAAUCAGGAAGUAAGUCGCCUUGUUUAAACAUUUCAAUAUGUCGUGACGCACAAAUUUGAGUGCAA